CUAAGAGCUGCCCCGCGGUCGGAGGGGCUUCGAAAAUGAGUCUAUUUCCCAACGUACACUUGCAUAACACAAUCUUCUGCAAUUACACUUGAGUCAAUUGACGAAAGUAAAUCAAGCAAGUGAAAAUGGCCUCCUCCAAGCAAGUUUUCAUCGCCAUCAUUGGUGCUGGCGGCGUCGGAAAGUGCUUCCUGUCCCAGCUCGAGGCCUUGGCCACCCGCAGACCCUCGCCGAAGCUCAACUUGAUCUACAUCUCGACCAGCAAGAAGGCCCUGUACGAUGCCAAAUACACCCCAACUCCCUUCGCCGGCGCCAUCGAGGAGCUGUCUCGCGCUUCGCAAGCCCCUCCCGCUCUUCCUCAGCUCGCCGAGUACCUUGCCGCCGCCCCGGCCAAGGUCGUCCUGGUCGACAACACCAGCUCCCAGGAUGUCGCCGACGCGUACCCCGUCUUCCUCGGCAAGGGAAUCAGCAUCGUGACCCCCAACAAGAAGGCCUUCUCUGGCUCCUACAAGCUGUGGCAGGAUAUCUUCAACGCGGCCUCGACCUCCGGCGCCAAGGUCUACCACGAGUCUUCCGUCGGCGCGGGCCUGCCCGUCAUCUCGACGCUCAAGGACCUCGUCGACACGGGCGACCGCGUCACCAAGAUCGAGGGUGUCUUCAGCGGCACCAUGUCCUUCCUCUUCAACUCCUUCGCUCCGACAUCGGGCGCCGGCGGCAAGUGGUCUGCCGAGGUGGCCAAGGCCAAGGAGCUGGGCUACACGGAGCCCGACCCGAGAGAUGAUCUCAAUGGCCUCGACGUCGCCCGCAAGCUCACCAUUCUCGCCAGACUGGCGGGACUCCCCGUCGAGUCGCCCACUUCGUUCCCCGUCCAGAGUUUGAUUCCCAAGGAGCUCGAGUCGUGCUCGAGCGGAGACGAGUUCCUUCAGAAGCUGCACGAGUUUGACAGCCAAAUGGAGGAGACCAAGGCUGCUGCGGAGAAGCAGGGCAAGGUCGUUCGCUUUGUUGGCAGCAUCGAUGUCGCCAGCAAGCAGGUCAAGGUUGGCCUGGAGCAGUUCGACGCAUCUCACCCCAUCGCCGCCCUCAAGGGUAGCGAUAACAUCAUCAGCUUCUACACGGAACGUUACGGCAGUAACCCGCUCAUCGUUCAGGGUGCGGGUGCUGGUGGUGAUGUCACGGCCAUGGGUGUUACGGCUGACUUGAUCAAGGUAUUGGGCCAGAUUGCUUAAAGCUCUAUGUAGCUUCAUGGAAUGGAAU